AUUUACACUGUAUGGAUCGGACAUCAACCUAUGGUAGUACUGUCUGGAUUCCAAAUGGUGAAAGAAGGCCUUACGAACGCACCAGAAGUCUUGUCUGAACGACCAGUGACCCCUUUCCUGAAAGCUGCACUUAAAAAAAAGGGUUUGGUAUUUUCAAAUGGUCACACCUGGAAGCAGCAGAGACGGUUCAGUGUCAUUACUAUGCGGAAGCUGGGUCUGGGGAAGACAGGCAUGGAGCUCCAAAUACAAGAGGAAGCCCAUCGUCUUGUAGAGGUCUUUGCAUGUGCAAAAGGGCAGCCACAUGAUUAUUCACUCCCCAUCACUAAUGCAGUGUCCAGCUUGAUAUGUGUUUUGGCUUUUGGAUACCGAUUUUCUCUUGAAGAUGAAAAAUUCCAACAAUUGAUCAAUGCCAUUGAUUGCAUCUUGAAAGAUGGAAAUAACUUACUUCACAUGCUGUAUGAAGUCUUCCCAUGGCUCAUGAAACAUUUCCCAGGGCCUCAUAGGAAGUUAUUUGCCUCCGCAGACUUGGUACUUUCAUUUGCAAAGGAGGAGUUAGAAAGGCAUAAAGAGCAACAAAAGGAUGAGCCGCAGGAUUUCAUUGAUUUCUAUCUACUUCAGAUGGAGAAAAUCAAGGAUGACCCCAACUCUACCUAUGAUGAAGACAACCUGGCAGAGUGUGUUCUUGACCUCUUUAUCGCAGGGACAGAGACGACGGCUGCUACUCUGCAGUGGGCACUGCUCCUCAUGGUGUCUUAUCCAGAUGUUCAAGAUAAAGUCUACAAGGAGAUGGAAGAUGUUUUAGGUUCCUCCCUUCCCAUUUGCUAUGAAGAUCGAAAGAAAUUGCCUUACACCAAUGCGGUGAUGCAUGAAAUUUUGCGUGCAAAAUAUCCCUUAUUAGUUGGGAUUCCCAGACGAAGUGCAAAGGAUUUGGAAAUGCAUGGUUUUCGGGUUCCAAAGAGGACAUUUGUUAUUACAGAUCUGAAGUCUGUUCUUGCUGAUCCCACACGAUGGGAGAAACCUGAAGAGUUCAAUCCACACCACUUUUUGGACAAGGAUGGAAAUUUUAGGUCUAGAGAAGAAUAUCUGCCAUUUGGAGCAGGGGCUCGAGCCUGUGUGGGAGAGCAGAUGGCCAAGAUGGAGAUAUUCAUCUUCCUAACCACCCUGUUGAGGGCAUUCCGCUUCCAGCUGCCAGAAGGAGUGAAAGAACUCAAUAAAAAGGCUGUUUUUGGGCUGACAUUGCAUCCCCAUCCUCACAAACUCUGUCUUUGGUCACGCAGGCAUUACCCUCCAGGACCUCUCCAGCUUCCUCUCGUGGGAGCCAUGUGGCUGUUUGGAUUCAAGAUUCAUGAAAAUACUCUCGUUCAGCUGGGAAAGCAACACGGAAAUAUUUUCACCCUAUGGAUAGGACAUCUACCCAUUGUAGUACUGUCUGGAUUCCAAGCAGUGAAAGAAGCUCUCAUUGACCACUCUGACGAAUUAGACCAGCGACCAGAGACUCCUUUCCUUAGGACUAUGGCAAAAGGAAAGGGUAUUGCAUUAUCAAAUGGUCACACCUGGAGGCAACAGAGACGCUUUGGUGUAGUUACUAUGCGGAAGCUGGGCCUGGGGAAGAAAGGCAUGGAGCACCAAGUAGCAGAGGAGGCCCAUCAGCUCGUGGAGGUUUUUGCACGUUCAAAGGGUCAACCAUUUGACCCCUCCAUGCCCAUCACUAAUUCAGUCUCCAACGUGAUAUGUGCUGUGGUUUUUGGGCACCGGUUUGCUCUUGAAGAUGAACGGUUCCAGAAGCUGAUAGAAGCCAUGGAUUUUGUCCUAAAUUUUUUCAGUACUUUUUCUCAUAUUCUUUAUGAAAUGCUCCCAUGGCUCAUGAAACAUCUCCCAGGGCCCCACAAGAAGGCCUUGUCCUAUGCAGAGAUGAUGCUUUCAUUUGCAAGGGAGGAGAUAGAGAAGCAUAAGGAGAAUCAGUCUCUGCAUGAGCCACAGGAUCUCAUUGAUUUUUAUCUAUUUCAGAUGGAGAAAAGCAGGAAUGACCCAGAGUCCACCUAUGAUGAAGAGAAUUUGGUCCAGUGCAUUUCUGACCUCUUUGUAGCAGGGUCGGACACAACCUCCGGUUCUCUGAAAUGGGCACUUCUCCUCCUGGCAAGUCAUCCAGAUAUCCAAGAUAAAAUGCACGAGGAAAUCGAAGAUGUUAUACGUUCCGCUCACUCAAUCUCCUAUCAAGAUAAUAAGAAACUGCCCUACACCAAUGCUGUGAUUCAUGAAAUGCAGCGCUUUAAAUAUGUCCUUUUUGUUGGGUUGCCUAGGCAAUGUACAAAGGAUGUGAAGCUGUGUGGUUUUCUCAUUCCCAAGGGGACUUUUAUUCUUCCAGAUCUGCGCUCUGUUCUUCUUGAUCCAACACGAUGGGAGACACCUGCAGAGUUCAACCCAAAUCAUUUCUUGGACAAGGAUGGACAAUUUGUGGACAGAGAAGAAUUUCUGCCAUUUGGUGCAGGGGCUCGUGUUUGUUUGGGAAUGCAGCUGGCAAAGAUCGAAAUAUUCAUCUUCCUGACCAGCCUGCUGAGGGCAUACAGCUUCCAGCUGCCAGAAGGAACCAAAAAACUCAAUAAAGAGGCUAUAAUAGGGGCUUCAACACAUCCCUAUCCUUAUAAACUCUGUGCAGUUCCCCGUUGCAACACAUAAAAAAUAGGAAAAUAUCAGGGGCUGCACCCCUCCUUCCACCACUCAGCGACCCCUUGACCACUCCUGACACAUGAACCCUCUAGAAUAUUCCCUUCCCUUCCCAUCUCAUCCCAUGCAACUACUGAGGUCUCUUUUCUGAAGCCACUUCUCUCUUAUCUUCUGCAGCUCUGCUUUGCAUCCAUUUUCCCCUUCACCCCAUCUCCUCCUCUUCUUCAGGCCGUUUCAUGCCCCUGCUUUCAUCUUCAUCCCUAUCCCCAUGCCUCCUUACUACCUCCUCUUUGGCACCUUUAUUUGCAUCCCCAUUAUUACCCUUGCUCCCUUUUCCCCUCCCCCUCCCCCUUAUUUUUGUCAAAUCUCCCUUACACACACAUUCCCACACCUCCUUCUCUCUCCCUCUUCUGCAGCCCCCUUACAGCACACACCCCAUGCUGAGAUAUGUUAUUGUUUCUUCAAGAUGAGUAGACUCCUAAGAACAAGGCUAUCAGCUUCUCCAGUUGAAGAAGGUUAAGUUUCUUUGAUGGAUACUGUACAUGUAUGCUUGUUAAUAAAAUAACUCUUCUAAAUCAGUACAUCGA